CCUUGCCCCAUUCUCUUUCUGAAAAUCACAUAAAUAUUACCACAUAAAACAAAUCCCAAAGGGAAGUCAAGACAAUUGAGCCCACUUAGGGCAACAGGAACCUUAGAAAUAACAGUAUUUUUUUUAAAAAAAAAAAACAAAACCUGAGAGUGACAUGGUUGGAGCAGAUUGUCAUUUAGGAGACAGUUGGCGACAGUUUAAAAUGACAGUUGAUCUGAAAAACUUCAGCUCACUGCUUGAAACUGUUGUAAGCUUUGUGUGAGAAAAAGAGGAUUACAGACUGAACCACGGGCCAGUUUCUGAGAGGAAACGCACAGCAGCACAGCCAUGUCAGAAGACAGGAACCAAUCGUUUUACAGCAUAAAGAUACAAGCUUUCAGCCUACACACAGUGCGGCGUCCUGCCUCCCAGGGUUCCGCGGAGCACCGGCAGCCAGGGACUCCACGCUCUUCCUCGCCCAGGGAAGGAGUAGAAGCAGGCGCUUCUCAGGAAGCUGCUCCGCCCAGGGAAGAAACCCCGGCUCCGCGGGGAGAUCCUCCGCCCAAGGAAGAAACCCCGACUCCUCGGAUAACCCUUUCGCCCAAGGAAGAGACCGCAGCUCCUCGGAUAACCCUUUCGCCCAAGGAAGAGACAGCAGCUCCUCGGAUAACCCUUUCGCCCAAGGAAGACAGCCCAGCUCGCUGGGGAACCACUUCGCUCCAGGAGGCAGCGGCGCGUUCGGGGGCUUCUACACCCGAAACAGUUUCGCGGAAAGCCAGCCACAUCUCUUCCGACAACAUGCCCGACAAGAAGUUCUUCGAGAACCUCUCGGGAGCCGAGAAAGCCAUCGGGGUGCUGACCAGCGGCGGUGAUGCACAAGGUAUGAAUGCAGCAGUCCGUGCAGUAGUGCGUAUGGGAAUCUAUGUUGAAGCAAAAGUAUAUUUUAUCUAUGAGGGGUACCAAGGUAUGGUUGAUGGAGGUGAAAACAUUGUUGAAGUUUCAUGGGAAAGUGUUUCAAGCAUCCUCCAAGUGGGAGGGACAGUUAUUGGCAGUGCACGCUGCAAAGCUUUUCGAACUCGGGAAGGUCGUCUGCAGGCGGCCUGCAAUCUGGUGAAGUGUGGAAUCACUAACCUUUGCGUGAUUGGUGGGGAUGGCAGUUUAACAGGUGCUAAUCUUUUCCGCGAAGAGUGGAGUGGCCUGUUAGAGGAGUUGGCGCGCAAUGGUGAGAUUGAAGAAGAGGCUGUUAAGAAAUACGCUUACCUCAAUAUUGUGGGAAUGGUUGGCUCCAUCGACAAUGACUUCUGCGGCACAGAUAUGACUAUCGGUACUGACUCGGCCUUGCACAGAAUCAUUGAAGUUGUGGAUGCCAUCAUGACCACAGCUCAAAGCCAUCAGAGGACCUUUGUCCUGGAGGUGAUGGGACGGCAUUGCGGGUACCUAGCUCUUGUUAGUGCCUUAGCCUGUGGCGCAGAUUGGGUCUUUAUUCCUGAAUAUCCACCUGAGGAAGGAUGGGAAGAUCACAUGUGUGAGAAGCUUUCUGAGAACCGUGCAAGAAAGAAAAGGCUGAAUAUUAUAAUUGUAGCAGAAGGUGCUAUUGAUUCCCAUAACAAAGCUAUAACUUCAGAACAAAUUAAGGAUCUGGUGGUGAAGCGGCUAGGGUUUGAUACUCGUGUAACUAUCCUUGGCCACGUGCAAAGAGGAGGCACGCCUUCUGCUUUUGAUAGGAUAUUGGCAAGCCGCAUGGGAGUCGAGGCUGUCCUUGCCCUUCUAGAAGCCACACCUGAAACUCCUGCUUGUGUUGUGUCCCUGUCUGGAAACCAAGCUGUCCGCCUGCCUUUGAUGGAGUGUGUGCAGAUGACCCAAGAUGUGCAGAAAGCCAUGGAUGACAGAAGAUUCCUUGAUGCUGUGCAACUCCGUGGAAGGAGUUUUGAGAACAACUUGAAUACCUACAAGCUAUUGUCUACCAAAAGGCUAGCUGCUGAGCUUCCCAAGAGUAACUUCAAUGUCGCUAUUUUAAAUGUAGGGGCUCCAGCAGCUGGGAUGAAUGCCGCGGUCCGAUCUGCAGUAAGAACCGGUAUAACAGAAGGACACAAAAUGUUUGCUGUCACUGAUGGUUUUGAAGGCUUUUCUAGGGGGCAGAUCAAAGAAAUCAGCUGGGGAGAUGUUGGAGGUUGGACUGGCCAAGGCGGGUCGAUUCUUGGCACAAAGCGUACACUCCCUGCAAAAAUUUUGGAGAAGAUUGCAGAACAGAUGCGUGCUUAUAACAUCAGUGCCCUCCUAGUUAUUGGUGGAUUUGAGGCCUACCUGGGACUUUUGGAACUCUCCGCUGCCCGGGAGAAAUAUGACGAGUUAUGUAUUCCCAUGGUUAUGGUUCCUGCAACCGUAUCCAACAAUGUACCAGGUUCUGAUUUCAGCAUUGGUGCAGACACUGCUCUGAACACUAUAACUGAUGCCUUUGAGAGCUGCCUGCAGUUAGCUGAAGCACGGUCCCGCUUUGAGGAAUUUUGCAUACCUAUCUGUGUGUUGCCUGCUACUAUUAGCAACAAUGUGCCUGGCACUGACUUCAGUAUCGGUGCUGACACUGCCCUGAAUGCCAUUGUAGAGACCUGCGACAGAAUCAAACUAUCAGCGAGUGGGACAAAGCGGCGUGUGUUCAUCAUCGAGACGAUGGGUGGCUACUGUGGGUACCUGGCAAAUAUGGGGGGCCUUGCUGCGGGAGCUGAUGCUGCAUACAUCUUCGAAGAGAAGUUUGAUAUUCGGGAGCUCCAGGCCAAUGUGGAGCAUCUGACUGCAAAGAUGAAAACUGGCAUUCAGCGUGGUUUGGUACUGAGGAAUGAAAACUGCAAUGACAAUUAUACGACAGACUUCAUUUACCAGCUCUAUUCUGAGGAAGGCAAAGGAGUCUUUGACUGCAGAAAGAACGUGUUGGGUCACAUGCAGCAGGGUGGUGCCCCUUCUCCAUUUGACAGAAACUUUGGGACAAAAAUUUCUGCAAAAGCUGUGCUGUGGAUCUCUAAUAAACUGAAAGAAUGCUAUCGAAGAGGAAAGAUAUUUGCCAACACUGAGGAAUCUGUCUGUCUCUUGGGAAUGCGCCGGAGGACUCUUCUGUUCCAGCCUGUGGCCCAGCUGAAAGACGAGACUGAUUUUGUGCACCGAAUCGCCAAGGAACAGUGGUGGCUCAAGCUACGUCCCCUGAUGAAAAUUCUGGCCAAAUACAAGACCAGCUAUGACAUUUCUGAUUCAGGCCAGUUAGAGCAUGUGCACAGACCAAGUUCAGUCGAGGCUUGAGUUGACAAUCCCCAGUUGUCACAUUGUUAAAAGUUGUCAUAGCUUUCCAUUGUGUCUCGUCAAUGCUUUAGAAUGCGCGUUACAGCUUCUUUUUGUAACAUCUAAGUUAUUGUACCAGCACUUUAUGUGAAAAAAGCAACCAUCACAGAAGUUCUCUACCUGGUAUUGUCUUAGGCUUCUAAAGAAAAACAAACUUACAAUCCACACACAAACCCUCAUGCCUAACUUAAAGAAACCCAAUUACCAAAUGUGUUCCUUACAAAUAACCUGUGCAAACCGGUUCUAUGCACUCAGUGUGAUGUUAUUCAUCUCUUGUACUUUUACCAGAGGUAGUGUUUACACGAGCAAAUAUGAUAGAAGCUUAGUUUUGUGUCAAAGGAAUCUUCUGUAUACCCAGGUGGAAUAAAAAUAUACAAUAUUA